AUGUCAGAAGAAUACCCUCAGCCGGAAGCUUCCACUUCAGCUUCAACCUCUUCGAUGAUCGCACCUGAGCCUGUACCGGCAAAGUUGAAGGUGGCCGAUAAAUGGCUGAAACCCAAUGGACCACCCGUGGGAUCCACUUUCGGAGCGAGGUUGUUGGACGAUGAGAAAGAUGUCUUUGAACAUAAUGCUUGGGACCACGUAACUCUACCGGAAGAUUUCAAAUUGAAAGCAGAGGAAAUAAUGGAAUUACAUCGGUCUAGUCCAGUAGCUGAGAAUCUGAGAGACGGCUACAACUCGAAACCUGAACAUUACUGGAACAAGUUUUAUUCCAAUCAUGAAGAUGGUUUUUUCAAAGAUCGAGGGUGGCUGAGAUUGGAAUUUCCAGAAUUGGUUGAAUGCAGUGAAGCUGAUGCUGGUCCGAAGAUAGUGUUGGAAGUUGGAUGUGGCGCAGGAAACACCGUAUUUCCCUUAUUGAUGAGAAACGAAAACCCCCAUUUACAAAUAUACGCCACAGACUAUUCGAAAAGAGCGAUUGAGGUGGUGAAAUCGAAUAAGAUGUACCCAAGGGCUGAACAUGGUUUGGGUGAAUUACACGCAAGUGUAUGGGAUAUCACUUCGAAACCUAGCACUUCAGCUGGCGAGCAGAAUACAAUAAACAGUACAGAAGAAGAUUUAGAUCUGUCAAAAUUAGAACUGUCAGAUAAAAAGACUUAUUCAUUGCCUGAAGGUAUUCAGCCAGGGAGUGUAGAUGUGAUAUCGGUGAUUUUCGUUUUAUCUGCUUUACAUCCUAAGGAAUGGGAUCAGGCUAUACAUAACCUGUAUACUGCAUUGAAACCAGGUGGUCUCUUGUUGAUAAGAGAUUACGGAAGACAUGAUCUGGCCCAAUUACGAAUAAAGAAGAACCGUCUCUUAGAUCCCGAGACACCCAAUCUGUAUAUCAGAGGAGACGGUACGAGGGUGUAUUUCUUUGAGAAAGAGGAAUUGGAAGGGAUGUUGGUCAAGCCUCCUACCCUCACACCCACAAUUGAAGGAGAGACUGAGGAGAAGCAAAAGAUGUUCGAGGUUUUACAGCUAGGAGAAGAUAGGCGAUUGAUCGUUAAUAGGAAAGAGAAGAAACAGAUGUAUAGGAUAUGGUUACAAGUGAAAGCGAAAAAGUUGUAG